AUGGAGGCUUUUUAAUUAAAAUUAUAACGAAUGAAAAAUUACAAAUAACAACUUUAAUACUUAUUGUAAAAACCUAUUGCAAGUCCUCAGUUCAGAUAGCUAUUUCUUGAAUGUGAUCAAUAUCAGAUGAUAGUUUAAGUACUUAUAGAAGCCAAAUCAGAUAAAAUUAGUGUAGUCAAAGAACAAUUAAAAUUAUUUGGAUUAUUAGCUGAAUGUGUCAAUGAAAACUUAAGUCCUCAAUUACCUAUGAUAUUUACACAUUUAUUGAAGAGAAUCAAAGAUUUUGAAUCAAUGAGUUGUGUAUGUACUCAAGUGGCUGAAAUUAUAGGAAAAAUAGUGAAACUUUGUUGUUAUGAUGGAGAAGUAUUAAAUAGCAUUUUGAAACCACUCAUGAAUCAUUUGAAUUAAAAUGCAUAACAUUCAUUGUGUUUAACAAGAGUAGUCUAAUUUUUAUCAUACGAAAUCCUAGAACAAAAUGCUUUAUUUCUAUUUAGGAAAUUCAUAUAAUUAUUGAAUCAAUAAAAUGGGAAAGUGGAAAUCCUAGAAGGAAUGGCUGCAAUAAUUUUAAGUGUAGAAGAAUAAUCAGAGUAAGAUAAUUAAUUUAUAUUAGUAUAUUUGCUGAUGAAAUUAUUCCACAUUUGUCAUAGUUAUUAUAAAAUCAAUAAUGGCAAGUUAAGAAGAUGGCUUUAGAUAUCUUAUAUUCUCUGGUUGUGUUAUAAAAAGAUAAAAUCUAAGAACAUUCAUAUUUUAAGGAAUUAAUGUAUGAAUUAAAAUCAAAUAAGGUAUUUAUUGUAAUAAUUUUAUUAGAUAAAAUAAAUAAGAGAUUCAGCAAAUUUAAUAUUAGAUGUAUUAUAAUAGAAUAAUUAAUAAUAAUAAUAAUAACCAUAAUAAUAAUAAUAAUAAUAAUAAUAAUAAUAAUAAUAAUAAUAAUAAUAAUAAUAAUAAUAAUUAUAAUCAUAAUAAUAAUCAUAAUCAUAAUAAUAAUAAUAAUUAUAAUCAUAAUAAUCAUUAGAUAAAUAAGUUACUUCUGUUGAAAGAUAAAUUAAUUAUGGAGGCUAAAUUAAAUCAUCAUCCUAACCUUAAUUAUUCAUUAAUACUACAAAUAAGUAAUCUCAGUCUAAUACUGCAAUACCUCAAUAACCACAAACACCUUCUUAACAAUAAAAUAAUAGAUUAUCUUAAACACCUGCUUUAACUAAUAAAAUUAGUAAUGAUGAAAAACUUUAAUUAGCAAUUGAUGCAAUCUAGUUAUUAAGUGGGAUAUUGAAAUCUAAAGGAAUUUUUGAUUCUACAGAAACCUAAUAAAUAGAUUCAAUAUUAAAUAAAUUAAAUGAAAGAGAUAGUUAUAAAUAACCCACAAUGAAAUUUUCAUAGUUUAAUGACACUGAAACUUUUAUAAGUAAAGAAGCAGCUGAAAUCUUGAGAGAAUUCAAAGAAAAGUAAAGAUCAGAAUAUUUAAGAUAAUGA